UUGCGAUAGCCCUCAAUAAUCGCGCAAAACGCGCCAUGACAGGCCAGAGAGCAAUGCGAUACCUGCCACGGAAAUAGCUGCACGGGUUGCUCAAAAUGGACGCCGGCUACGAGGGCCGACUGCACCUCGAUUUCAUCUCGUAGGCAGUCCCCACCCCUUCUUCGUUAUCAGCUCCGUCUUUUUCUCUCCGUGUUGUUUCUGCGUAGAAUCGACGAAACCAGUCAAGCAACAGCUGCGCACGUCACUAUCGUCACUGGCCCGCUACACGAAAUACCGGCACAUAGCCCCACCACCAGGCCGACCCCUCUCCACCGCGCGCCUGCAAACUUCACUCCACCAACACUAUACACACACAUACACACACUUUUGCACAAUGGGAAAGCCUCCGAAUCUAUACGCCUUUCAAAGUGCCGCCGAGCUUGCCCCAAGCCUGCGUGCCUACGUGCUCGACGCCCAAAAUGCCGCCCUCGACCGUCAUCAUGUCUUCCGUGUCGCAGUCUCCGGCGGCUCUCUGCCCAAGACGCUUGCGCAAGCGCUUUUGAAGGAGACUAAUGGCGAAGGCAAGAUCCAAUUCGAUAAAUGGGAAAUUUUCUAUGCCGACGAGCGCGCUGUGCCCCUCGACCAUGAAGACAGCAACCACCGAUUGGUCAAGGAGGAGCUUCUGGAUAAGAUACCGCAAGAACUAGGCACACCCAAGGUCCACCCAAUCGAUGUCAAGUAUCUCGACGAUGUACAAGAGCUGGCCGACCAGUACGAAAAGACGCUUGUCAGCGUUUUUGCUGCCCGCGACAGCGUAAAGCUACCAUUGUUCGACCUGCUUCUACUGGGCUGCGGACCCGAUGGACACACAUGCAGCUUGUUUCCAGGCUCCGACCUUCUCCGCGAAACCGAAGCCUGGGUUCUCCCCAUUUCCGAUUCUCCGAAGCCUCCGCCAAAACGUAUCACCAUCUCGCUCCCCGUUGCGCAACACGGACUGAAGAUUGCCUUUGUGGCGACUGGCGGAGGAAAGAAGGAUAUUAUGCGCCAGAUAUUUGAUACCGAUGAAGGACAGCAGUUGCCGUGCGGUCUGGUGAACCACAGGGGCGGAGAGCGGGUCAGCUGGUUCGUUGACUACCCUGCUAUCGAGGGUGUGUCUUUUCCAGCUCGCCGCGGCAGCUUGUGAGCAUGGUGAGGUUUGCAAAGUAUGCUUUCUCACUCUGUGCUACGUCGCUUGCAGCGGCAAAGGCGGGACCUCUUUGCAAUUGCAUGGGCGUGACCCCCACUCAGAGUUGCAUGCGGUUGUGCUUUCGCGACAGGAAACCCAUCAUGUAGCUGGACGACCGAAUCACGAAGCAAGCAUUGCGUCAGACAGUCAGCUUAGGUACAAUAGAUUACGAACCAUCUACGACAUUAUUCACUUUGUCUUAAGCCUUCU